GUCUAGAAAAAAGGGGCGUAUCUCAUAUCUGCCAGGACGUCCUAUCUCUUUCAAGACUUAUUCUACGUAGAUCUAGAUCUACUUGUACAGCUAGGCUAUACUCUUGCAGCUACAAGACUAGUAGAUAUCUAAGUGUGUAAGUGUUCCUGGCCGCCCCAGGGCAGGCCUGGACUAUGGCAACCAAAAUUAGUGAUGAUUUGGGUGAGAAACUGUAUUGGGCUUCACAAUUUCCCGGUCUUGCGGAUGAGGUAGAGAGGCUGCUGGCUGAAGGAGCUCCUGUAAACUGGAAGGACAGAUAUGAACAGACCGCUCUCCAUAUGGCAUGCCACAACAACCUCCCUGAUGUGGUGAAGAUACUAACUCAGCAAGAUGGCAUCAAUGUCAAUGUACAGUCUACUGGUAAGGACACUCCUCUGCACCGGGCCUGCUACUGGGGACACCUCAAGUGUGUCCGGCUACUGAUGGCAACUGGGAAUUGUGACUUAGGAGCUGUGAAUGGUGAUGGACUAACUCCACUGGGAAACGCAGUCAGAUGGGGGCAGCUGGAUAGUAUCACGUGUCUCAUCUCAGAACUCAAUGUGGAUGUUAAUGGAGCCGUAACCAGUGAUGGGCUCACUCCACUGGAAGCGGCAGUCAGAUGGAGGCAGCUGGACAUCAUAAAGUUCCUCAUCAUGAAAUGCAAUGUGGCCGUCAAUGACGGUGUACUAUUGUUAGCAUGCAAGAAAUCAGACGCGAAAUUUGUUGAGUAUCUUCUGAAUGACGUUGGCUGCAACCCCAAUAUCAAAGAUGGCCAUGGACAGACACCACUCUCUCUUGCACAGGACAAGGACAUCAUUCUACUCUUGUUGCAGAACGGAGCAACUGCUGAAGAUGCUUACACUCACCAUCGCAAGGCUCUUGGUAAUGUUUUUUCAAAGGAUCCUCUGAAAAACCCUGUGAAGAUGCUUGUUAUCGGUCAUGGUGGAGAAGGAAAAAGCACUCUCAUUGAAGCAAUGGAACAAGAGCCAACAGCACUCACAUCGCUAGUCAACAUCUUCAUCUCUCCUAAAGAAGUCGAUGGAGUCAGCCAGAAAACAGCCGGAAUCAUCCCUCGAUUAUUCAAGAGUCGUGUCUUUGGAGAUGUGUUGGUCUACGACUUUGCUGGUCAAGAGGCCUACUACAGUAGUCACGCUGCCAUUAUCAAGUCAGCAGUUUAUUCAUGUCGGCCAAUUGUUGUUCUAGUUCUAGGGCUCCAUAGAGAUGACACCUUUACCACCCAUUCUGUCUCCUAUUGGUUGGGGAUAAUUGCCAAUCAGUGUGCCAAUAUGGAGGGCAACGCCCCACUCAUUGUGGUAGGUAGCCAUGCCGAUUGCUUAACCGACAAACAGAGGGUUUUGAAGAAAGAAGAGAUCGUUUUGCAAGCCGUUUCGAGAUAUCCGACCCUGGAUCUGCUGAAGUUCAUUCCCAUGGAUAAUCGCUACUCCAACUCUAGCGGCAUGACGAUACUGCGAGACACUGUCGGCCCUAUUUGUUCCCAAAUUCGAUCACAUUUAGCUGUUUCUUUAAAUGCACACAUGCUCCUGAUUUACCUUGUUUCCAAGGAUGAGAUGGCGGUAUCUCUGGAACAAUUUCGGCUGCAAAUUAAAGAAGAAUCCAGUCAAGCACUCUCCAAACAGAACAAAGAAGUUGUACCAUUCAUUCCGACAACCAUUCUUUGUCUUGUUGAAAUAUGUAUUCAGCUUAACGACAAAGGUCACAUCCUCUUUCUACACAACAAUAUCUCACCAGAGAAGAGCUUUAUUGUCCUAAAGAAACAAGAGCUCCUGGGUAAAAUCAAUGGUACUAUAUUUGCUCCAGAGGAUUUCGAUCAGCACUGUAAACUCUCCACAAGCACUGGUGUUGUACCUUGUUCUAAGCUGGCUAUUCACUUCCCUAAGUUGGACACUGACAUGUUCAUUGGAUUUUUAAUAAACCUUGAGUUCGCCGUGCCCAUUAAAGACUCGGAAGUUCUUCAUUUUAUCAAUCAGCAACAAAAAGACGCUGAUGAGUCUGUACCGCUCAAUGAGAAAUAUCUCUUCUUUCCUGCCCUCAUUCGAUUAGAAGUCGACACGAAAGUGUUCAGCCAUCGAGAUGACCUUGCUUAUCAUUUUGGUUGGGUGAUGUUUUGCUCUUUAAAGGACCAGUUUCUGGACGCUCGAUUUCUCCACGUUCUUCUGCUUCGAAUAUCUCUCUCUCUCGGGCUUGCUCCUGUGAUAGAUCUUGAUGUCCCUGCUCUGCAACGUCAAUGCGCUGUCUGGAAGACUGGUGUUUGCUGGAGCACAGCUGACGGUGUCAAAGUGCUAGUGGAAGUUAUUGACAAGAAGAAGGUGUUUGUUUUGAUCCAAGCUCAUCAUCUCUCACUGGACCUAUUCAAGCUGCGCUAUACUGUGAUGAAAAAAGUUGUGGACACCUCCGCUGAGUUGUGCCCUACUGUAGUCACUGAAGAGGCCCUCCUUCCUCCACACAGUGUGACCUAUCCUCUGGAAGAUACACACGUCUUUGAUCUCAAGUCCCUCGCUGAAAGCGUUGUAAACCAAAAAAUGUUUGUUGUUUCGGCUAAAGGUGUACACAACAUGCCAUUGAGUGAUCUGCUCCAAGCUGAGGUGUACGCUGAUCUCGGUGAGAAUAUUCUACAGCUUCUGUUCAAUCCAGCACACAAGGAACUGUCUGAUCGAUUCAUCUCGGCCCUUGCAACUUGUUGGAACAAGAAUCCUCGACUAGCUGAUAUCGUACGCACAGCUAUUACCAAGAAUGCCAGCAUUGCAUUUCAAGAGUGCAAUAAUCUCGAUGCUGUUCUGAAAGUCUGGAAAAGCUCUGGAGAUUCGAGUAAUGAAGCACUGAGAAAAUUUCUGGAUCCACUUAGUGUUUUUGCUGAACAGAACCCUCUGGAACUGGCUGGUGUUAUUGCUAAGGAGACUAGUGACGAUCUACUACCUGCAUCCAAACCAGUAAACUGUCCAAGCACAGACACAGCCUCAGAUGUAAGAGUUGGUUUACAAGAGUUGAUAGACAAGUACCAUAUCGAUACCGUCCAACUUGAUCGAGAGAUCCCUGAUGUUGAAGUCCCUGUCAUAGCUGCCUUUUUCGACAGUGUGGAGCUCUACUCUCAAGCAAUGGGUCUGAGUGCCGCUGAUCAAACUACUGUGAGAACUAACCUCGUUCAAUACGAUGCUCAGACAGCCAUGGCGAAAUGCUUGUCAAUAUGGAAACAACUCUACGCUUUUCAAGCAACAUUCAGAGCACUGUUGGAGCUGCUACUGAGGCUAAAUAGAACGGAAGUAGCUGCUCAAAUAUGUCAGUACUUCGCUCAAAAAUUGGAGAAGUGCUUACUAUCACAGGAGGACUUGAGUCAGUGAACCUGCUGGACAUUUAUAAUAAAUCAUGUACCUUAAGGUGACAUAUUUUCAGAGGUAGAUUUGUUUGCGUUUUUACAGUUUUGUACAUUUUGCGAUAUAAUUUUUUGCGAAAUGUC